CGCAGACAUAUUCACAUAUAAAAGUUCAGUUUGACCAAAUAGACCAAAGCACAAGGUUCCACACAAAGUAAAGCACCAUAUGGUAGUUAAUUAAGAUGGAAAUGGAGGAUAACAUUGGUGGUGAAGCUUCAAACUCCGAAGGGGGAAUCAAGGAGCAAGACCGGUUGCUACCGAUAGCGAACGUGGGGAGAAUCAUGAAGAAAAUCUUGCCACCGAACGCGAAAAUCUCCAAGGAAGCUAAAGAAACAAUGCAAGAAUGCGUGUCGGAGUUCAUCAGCUUCGUUACGAGUGAAGCCUCGGUCAAGUGUAGGAAGGAGAGGAGGAAAACGGUUAACGGAGACGACGUUUGCUGGGCUUUGGGAGCUCUCGGUUUCGAUGAAUUUGCUGGACCAUUGAGGAGGUAUUUGGAUAGGUAUAGGGAAAUUGAAGAUAGGCCUAAUCAAGAAAAGGUUUCCGCUAACAACUCUGGAUCAUCAGCAAGGCUUAACCUUCCUGAUGGACUGCUUUAGCUAAGUUUUUUUUUUUUUUUUUUGGUCAAUAUUGAUGAUCCAUUCGAGACUUGAGAUUCAAAUAUUGAUGAUUUUGGCUUUCAUCUGUGUUUUUGAAAGGUAAACCUAAUUUAUAGUGUGAUUUUUGAGGAACUCCAACUCUAAGCCAGUUUUAAGGUCUUUCAUGUGGCAUUAGUAGUUUACUAGACUAUAAGAUAUACGAUUUCUAGCCAGUUUUUAGCCAUGAUUUUGGUUCUGAUUCUCAUAUGAUCAACUAUAAGACUAAUUUCAGUUUUGCUCUA